AGCAGGUGGCGAUACUCUCCGGAAGACCUGUUUUGCGUUUGUCCCUUGACACCAAUGAAGCACAAGAAGAACUAUCGCGAUACCUCUUUCAGCGAGAGUUUGUUUUCUUUGUGUGGAGCGGAGAGGAGCUAAGAAGCUAAUCCUUCGUUUUUAUCGCCUCAUUGAAGCAGCUCACCCUUCGUAGAUCAACAUAACAGACUUUGUCUCACCUACACGAAACUUCUACAGUGACCACCUGAGUCCUCUACAUGGCCCUAAGACGAGGACACAUCCGGUACCUCAAGGUGUGUGAGGUGCAGUCGUCUCAGAGUGACAUCAGAGACGGUCAGCACAUCUCUAAAGGAGGUGCUGGAAAGGAGCUGUAUGAUAACGGCUACAGCGAGCAGAUGAUGGAGGACGACGACUCCAAGACAAACUUGAUUGUGAACUACCUGCCACAGAGCAUGAGUCAGGACGAGCUGCGCAGCCUGUUCAGCAGUGUGGGAGACGUGGAGUCUGCCAAAUUGAUCCGAGACAAAGUGGCAGGUAACCCUGACAGCCACAGUUUAGGUUACGGCUUUGUUAACUUUGUUAACGCUAAUGAUGCAGAGAGGGCUAUCAGUACGCUCAAUGGCCUGAGGCUACAGUCUAAAACUAUCAAGGUGUCGUUCGCCCGGCCGAGCUCGGACACGAUUAAAGACGCUAACCUGUACAUCAGCGGGCUGCCGAGGACGCUGAGUCAGCCCGACCUGGAGGACAUGUUCAGCCGCUUCGGACACAUCAUCAACUCCAGGGUGCUCGUGGACCAGGCCUCCGGUCUGUCUCGGGGAGUCGCCUUCAUCCGCUUCGAUAAGCGGUCGGAGGCCGAGGACGCCGUCAAACACCUGAACGGCCACACGCCGCCCGGCACCUCUGAACCAAUCACAGUCAAGUUCGCUGCCAACCCCAAUCAGACGAGGAACUCCCAGAUGAUGUCACAGAUGUACCACGGCCAAUCACGGCGCUUCGCAGGGCCCGUGCAUCACCAGGCGCAGAGGUUCAGGUUUUCUCCAAUGAGCGUGGACCACAUGGGAGGCGGAGGGGGCGGAGUCUCAGGGAACCCGUCCGCCGGUUGGUGCAUCUUCAUUUACAACCUGGGCCAGGACGCCGACGAGGCCAUCCUCUGGCAGAUGUUCGGACCGUUCGGCGCCGUCAACAACGUGAAGGUGAUUCGCGACUUCAACACCAACAAGUGCAAGGGCUUCGGCUUCGUCACCAUGAGCAACUACGAGGAGGCGGCCAUGGCCAUCCACAGCCUGAACGGCUACCGGCUGGGAGACAAAGUCCUGCAGGUGUCGUUCAAGACCAGCAAGGGCCACAAGUAGAGGGGGUGGGGCUAAGUCCUGCAGAGAGAGGAGGCGGGGCUAAGUCAUGCAGAGUCAGGGGGCGGGGCUAAGUCAUGCAGCGAGGAAGAGAGGAGCUAAAUCCUGCAGAGAGGGGGCGGGGCUAAAUCCUGCAGAGAGUUGGUUAGAAAGAAGUGAAAAUAUUUAGUUUUUUUUAGUUGAGCCGAACAUUCUUUCUGUGUAAAUGUGAAUACAAGUUUCUUUUCCCAGCAUGCCCAGCUUCUUUCAGGCAGUAUGACAUCACACAUGACAUCACACUGUCACGAGUGUUGUGAAUAUGGAUCCCGCCGACAGAUGGAGGGCCGACCGUUGUGUAAGCUCGGUUCAUGUUUCAGGAUCUGUAAUCCAGAGACGAAACCAGAGAGUUUUAAUCUGAAACAUUUCAGACUUUUUUUUUACAUCAAAGUAAAGCAGUCCUUUAGUUCUUAUGUACACACUGAGUUUGUCCUCACUUUCAAAAGAUAAACAGCUAUAAACAUAUAUGAUUACAGCAGAUCCAGUGUUCCAUGUUUUGUUUGAAUGUCUAAAGUCACUCACAGUUUGAACAGAUUUUAGUUCAUAUUUUUACAAGUGGCUCUCAGGUAAACCCCACCUGAUGUCCAGAAGCCAUUUUUAUGUGAAUUUAACUUCUUUUUGUUUUUAUUUUUAAUUUGUUUUCUGCUUUUGGAUUGCAGCUCUGUUGUGAUGUUGACGGUUCAUUCAAAAAUAAAUCUGCUUAUGUAAAAAAACAGAAA